GUCAAGCCGUUCAGGUCUCGCUCUUGACCUCAUACGACCAUUUUCAUCAGGUUGGCUUCCUGAAUGGCGGUCCAGGAGCCUAAGCAGUGGCCUGUUGAAAGGCCCUAAACGACGCCCUCGCCAUGGAUGUCGCUCCUCUUCUGUUCGGAAUACGGUCCUUGACGGAGAGUUCAACAGUUCUAAAACCAAGUCGGAAUUGAAAGCGGCGUCGUCCUCCAUGGCUGAAAUGGUUUCUGCUGUAAUGAGGACGCACACUCUGGGGAUGUCCACCGAAUAAAGAAAAUGAUCUCAAAGGAUGUUGCUCUCCGCGAUCAGCAAAUUCCUUUGUCCAAAGUAUUGACUGACCUAGAUCUAGAAUGAAGCAAUGACGAGGUUUUUAAUAUCAACGAGACAUGCUGACGGGAAGUACUUUGCAUGCAUGAUCAUCACCUGCGGAUGGUGGCGUGGACCAUGGCAGAUUCUUUCAGCCUCAUACGGCGUUCACUGCCCAGGCCACCUGACCUUUUGCAUUCAGUCUAUAGCCUGAAUGGGCAACCAAUAUGUCCAUUGCAGGCUUCUAAUGGUUGAUAUUAGCCAGUCCCAAUCUAUGAGGACGGCCAUGCUAGUCGAUGUCGCCGGUGAGGUGAGAUUGACAAGACCACCUGCAUGAUUAUCACAUUUUAUCCGUCAAUAAGAUCAUCUUUCACACCCCCUUUCCGUCACGACAUCGGAUUGCAGACGUGGCAAGAUGCGAUUGGGCGGUGACACUCGACCUCGAAGGACAGUUCCGGUGAGUCAACAACAUCACCACUUACCAUUUGAUCGCUGCCUGUCUAGAUGGAUAAGUCCGAGAUCAAGAAAGCUGCCGACCACACGUACGGUGAAUCCAUCGCUCGUGUUGUCUGGGCAGCGCACAUUCUCUCUUAUCUGACCGGGGAACAAAGCCAUGCCGAAACUCUGCAGUCCGAGACUGGUGACGAGGACGAGGACGACUCCGAUGGAAGUGAAUCGGACGCAGAAACAGACAAAUGGUCAGAUCUCACAAGCGCCGACAAACAUAUUCGUUCUAAAUUUCUUGAUUGUGUUGCUGAGCUACUGUCGCCGGAGAACGGCUGGGAUCAUGUUGUUGCUGUCGGUUUGCUGGAAUGUGAGGAUUUCAUCGAGAUUGACGUGGCGAGAAAUGACGGAUUUCACGCUGUCAAAAGUCAGCAAGGCGGAAGUACUCGUGCUGAGGGUGCUGGUCUACAGUAUAUUGAACAUCUACGGGAAUACCUAUCAUCCAUACUCGAUCAGGAUCUCUGUGAACAGUCUGCGAUGUCUUCGAGCUGGUUUGAACCUAUUGCCAUCGGAUUCAAUUGUAAGAGGAUCGAUUACUGGCUACGCGUAGCAAGACGUUGCAUCCUCUGCGAACACCCGUUUAAGGCUCCCAAUGAAAAACUCGGCCCAGGAUUCAAAGAGGCGGUCAAAACAUGGACCAAUAUGGAAGAACUCCUCAGACAUACGAGCUCCUCCGGGCUAGCUGUCUCUAAGGAAGAGAUCGUUCGCUGCGCGUACGAAUGCAUAUCAUCCAUGGAGGUACAUGACCUACUUGAAACGUCUUGCAGAGAUAAGGUGGGACCCAAGUUGUGGAGAGCGCUCAGGUCUAUUGCGAGGCCAGUGUCUAACUGUCGACUUCUCGCGCGCAUUGCAAGUCACGUCGUGCAAUUGCGGACGGUCAAGGUCUGCCCUAUACCGUCUGGGCCAGAGACAAUUCUCACACCCGAAUACCUCAUUGACAUCACUGACGCUUUGGAUCGAUUGGUGUCCGUCUCGCUUGCGGGCCCUGCCCUCAAAAGGGUCACCUCAUUCAGAAAAAGAUUCAAACAAGCUUGUGCACGGCCACUUAGAAGUCAUGCUGAAGUACAACUGUUUCUGCAUUACGAGGACGGCCUUUGUCGAGCGCCGAGCAUUGAUUAUUUCGGAUGUAGCAAAAAAAGUUGCUUUCUGUGUGAGGGAUUUCUCCGGGCUUUGCCUCUUCCUAUAUCCACUCGAGGACGACAUGGCAUCUGCUAUCGGGCUUGGGGGGUGCCUUUCUCGAAAUCCGACAAAGUUGUCAUUGCACUUGAGGAGCUUGGGAACAAUCUGGCUUCCCGAAUUGAAAAGUAUCUGAAAGGUCAACUUAGGAGUUCAAUCCUCAAUCAGGUCCCCCAAUCAGCUUUUGUGUCCGGCCUCUCAAGUUCGUCUUCGGAAGAACUGCGGUGGAAGAAAGAAAUGGUUGACUCUGUUAAAGAGGAUCAAAAGUCACGUCAAAAAGAGCGUCGCAUACUGGACGGACGAGUCUCGACUACCAAGCCCGCCACCACGUUCGCCGAAGCAUUCGAGACCUACGAAUCUUGCGUAAUGUGCAACUCAUCGCCGGCCAAACUUUGCGCUCGAUGUAAAGCUUGCCAUUACUGUUCUCGCGAUUGUCAGAGAAGUGACUGGCCCUGUCACAAACUUCUUUGCAAAGACAUGUCGAGCCAAGCUCCUCGACCAUCUCUAGCUCAUAAACGUGCGAUCCUCUUUCCCCAGAACGAAGCCAAGCCUUUCCUUGUCUGGGUGUUGUGUAGUCGCAAUGUUGACUCACAGAAUGAAGACGAUGAACGGCAGGUGGAAUACGAAACCGCUGGCAUUCAACCUCUCCUCGGAAUGGACAAACCCAUCUUUGGCACUGUCCCCAUUGAGCGGAAUUGUAAACGUGCUAGAAAUCUAGGCUCUAGGAGGUUGACUCUGACAUUUCGCGAUGCCUUCUUGAAAGAUGGCUCCACGAUUAAUCGCGGUAUUCUCAACUCGGUCAAGUUGUCUGGGACAGUCCAUCACAGUUGGUGCGGCCCUGUUGUUGCAAUGCGGGAGACCCUGAAUGGUCGGUACGAGGACAUUACUUUAGAUGAUUUCCGGCACGAGGACAUUACUUUAGAUGAUUUCCGGCACGUCAUUGACUACUUUGUGACGUACAACAAAUCCGAAACACCCGAGAUCACUGCCCCUCUGGACCACAAGUGCACAGGCAGGACUAUCCGGGGGGUGAAAAUCUGUUGUUACGGGGAAAACAAGCUUCAUGGGGCCGAGCCAUACAUCCCAGUGGAAGUUGAAGAGAUGCAUCCUGCCCGCUCUCUACUUUCAGUUGACAGGAACAUCUCACCCAUCUCAAAGCUUCUUGAAAGCCCUCUCAGGUUAUGGAGGUUCGCUGAAAGUCAAACUUGGGUUGACACGCCUGGCUGGAACUACAACAUGUCGCCUGAGGGUAACCAAGACGCUGCAUUGCUGAUGACAGAGACGGACCUUGGAAAUGAAUUUUGGGGAUGGGCGCCUUUGUCAUGGAAUAUCGAUAUUGGCAAUGUAUUGGUCAUUCGCGCAGAUGGUACCGAUCUUUACGUCGAUGAGUUGAGGCUAAUGUGUUAUUUCAUUCGUCGAAAACUUCGCCCAAAGUUCGAGGACGCGUUAGGGAUGACUUCCGUCUUGCGAACGAGGAGUGAAGUUUUAAACUUCAUUAAUCGCGAGAAUUUGGAAAAAUGUAAGGCUGAGAUGGCCAAGGAUCUCAGCUCUUACCUUUGA